AUGAAAAGAGCAAAUAAGACAAAUGUAAAGAACGUAAGUCUGAAUCUAAACAGUCUUAGUCUUGCCAACUCUCUUCCUCCAUCUUUCUACCAAAAAGAAGCUAGGGUGGUUUUAAAGAGAUACAACACAAAUGAUCGGAACUUCAAGUUUUUCUUUCUGGAAUUCCUUGAACUUUCAAGAGAUUCCGUUGAUAUUGAAACAUUGAGAGAAGCAGUAAGCAAGUUACAGCGACACGUAUGCAUGAGAAUAAAUGCCGAAAGAGAUACGGAAAGAAUAGUAAUUCCAAUUAGAAACAAAAUCAAGAUACAGAAAAGAAGACAGUUAGACCAAGAAGACCUGGAAAUAGAAUACGAAUAG